GAUAGUUAUUCGACUAAAGACUGCAGACAUGGCUCUGAAGCUGAUCUUUGUGGUGGCUCUGCAGACUCUCUUCAUAAAAGAGUCGGUGUCGCAGCUUUCUGUUUGUGGUCUGGCAAAUUUGAACAACAGGAUUGUUGGAGGACAAAAUGCUCCUGCAGGGUUCUGGCCUUGGCAGGUCAGUCUGCAGACAUCUUCACACUUCUGUGGAGGAUCCCUCAUCAACAACCAGUGGGUGCUGACGGCUGCUCACUGCUUUCCAAGUGGCAGUGCAUCUGGUGUGACUGUAGUUCUGGGUCUUCAGAGUCUGCAGGGAUCCAACCCCAACAGAGUGUCUCGAACAAUAACAACUUUAAUCAUUCAUCCGAACUACAACUCAGAGACAUCGGAUAACGACAUCGCCCUCCUGCAGCUCUCCUCACCAGUAACCUUCAACAACUACAUUACUCCAGUCUGUCUGUCUGCCACCAACAGCACCUUCUACAGCGGCGUCAACACCUGGGUCACCGGCUGGGGCAACAUUGGAAGUGGAGUCUCCCUUCCUGCCCCACAAACCCUUCAGGAAGUACAAGUACCUAUUGUGGGAAACAGACGGUGUAAGUGCAGCUAUGGAGCCAGCUCAAUCACUGACAACAUGGUGUGUGCCGGGUUACUGGAAGGAGGCAAAGACUCUUGUCAGGGAGACUCUGGAGGUCCACUGGUGAUUAAGCAGAACAACCGCUGGAUCCAAGCAGGAGUUGUGAGUUUUGGAAUAGGUUGUGCUCUACCUAAUUUCCCAGGAGUCUACACCAGAGUGUCCCAGUACCAGACCUGGAUCAAUACCCAAAUCACCAGCAAUCAGCCGGGCUUUAUCGCCUUCACCUCCAAUGGAACUGACAGUGACCUCAGUGUGUCGUGUCCAGGAGUGCCACCAAUUGCUACUACUGCCACAACUAUACCUAUUACAAGAACUUAUGUAUCUCUAAUACCAACUAAAACCAUCACAACUAUAACAACCAUGAAGCGCCCAACAACUGCAACUACAACUAAACCUACAACAACCGCCACCCAUUCAACAACCACUACAGCAAAAACUACAACCCGGCCACCAACCGCCACCCAUUCAACAACAACUACAGCAAAAACUACAAACCGACCACCAACCACCACACCCAAAGAGUCGGUGUCGCAGCUUUCUGUUUGUGGUCUGGCAAAUUUGAACAACAGGAUUGUUGGAGGACAAAAUGCUCCUGCAGGGUUCUGGCCUUGGCAGGUCAGUCUGCAGACAUCUUCACACUUCUGUGGAGGAUCCCUCAUCAACAACCAGUGGGUGCUGACGGCUGCUCACUGCUUUCCAAGUGGCAGUGCAUCUGGUGUGACUGUAGUUCUGGGUCUUCAAAGUCUGCAGGGAUCUAACCCCAACAAUGUGUCUCGAACAAUAACAAGACUAAUCAUUCAUCCGAACUACAACUCAAAUGAUAACGACAUCGCCCUCCUGCAGCUCUCCUCACCAGUAAACUUCACCAACUACAUUUCUCCAGUCUGUCUGUCUGCCACCAACAGCACCUUCUACAGCGGCGUCAACACCUGGGUCACCGGCUGGGGCAACAUUGGAAGUGGAGUCUCCCUUCCUGCCCCACAAACCCUUCAGGAAGUACAAGUACCUAUUGUGGGAAACAGACGGUGUAAGUGCAGCUAUGGAGCCAGCUCAAUCACUGACAACAUGGUGUGUGCCGGGUUACUGGAAGGAGGCAAAGACUCUUGUCAGGGAGACUCUGGAGGUCCACUGGUGAUUAAGCAGAACAACCGCUGGAUCCAAGCAGGAGUUGUGAGUUUUGGAAUAGGUUGUGCUCUACCUAAUUUCCCAGGAGUCUACACCAGAGUGUCCCAGUACCAGACCUGGAUCAAUACCCAAAUCACCAGCAAUCAGCCGGGCUUUAUCGCCUUCACCUCCAAUGGAACUGACAGUGACCUCAGUGUGUCGUGUCCAGGAGUGCCACCAAUUGCUACUACUGCCACAACUAUACCUAUUACAAGAACUUAUGUAUCUCUAAUACCAACUAAAACCAUCACAACUAUAACAACCAUGAAGCGCCCAACAACUGCAACUACAACUAAACCUACAACAACCGCCACCCAUUCAACAACCACUACAGCAAAAACUACAACCCGGCCACCAACCGCCACCCAUUCAACAACAACUACAGCAAAAACUACAAACCGACCACCAACCACCACACCCAAAGAGUCGGUGUCGCAGCUUUCUGUUUGUGGUCUGGCAAAUUUGAACAACAGGAUUGUUGGAGGACAAAAUGCUCCUGCAGGGUUCUGGCCUUGGCAGGUCAGUCUGCAGACAUCUUCACACUUCUGUGGAGGAUCCCUCAUCAACAACCAGUGGGUGCUGACGGCUGCUCACUGCUUUCCAAGUGGCAGUGCAUCUGGUGUGACUGUAGUUCUGGGUCUUCAGAGUCUGCAGGGAUCCAACCCCAACAGAGUGUCUCGAACAAUAACAACUUUAAUCAUUCAUCCGAACUACAACUCAGAGACAUCGGAUAACGACAUCGCCCUCCUGCAGCUCUCCUCACCAGUAACCUUCAACAACUACAUUACUCCAGUCUGUCUGUCUGCCACCAACAGCACCUUCUACAGCGGCGUCAACACCUGGGUCACCGGCUGGGGCAACAUUGGAAGUGGAGUCUCCCUUCCUGCCCCACAAACCCUUCAGGAAGUACAAGUACCUAUUGUGGGAAACAGACGGUGUAAGUGCAGCUAUGGAGCCAGCUCAAUCACUGACAACAUGGUGUGUGCCGGGUUACUGGAAGGAGGCAAAGACUCUUGUCAGGGAGACUCUGGAGGUCCACUGGUGAUUAAGCAGAACAACCGCUGGAUCCAAGCAGGAGUUGUGAGUUUUGGAAUAGGUUGUGCUCUACCUAAUUUCCCAGGAGUCUACACCAGAGUGUCCCAGUACCAGACCUGGAUCAAUACCCAAAUCACCAGCAAUCAGCCGGGCUUUAUCGCCUUCACCUCCAAUGGAACUGACAGUGACCUCAGUGUGUCGUGUCCAGGAGUGCCACCAAUUGCUACUACUGCCACAACUAUACCUAUUACAAGAACUUAUGUAUCUCUAAUACCAACUAAAACCAUCACAACUAUAACAACCAUGAAGCGCCCAACAACUGCAACUACAACUAAACCUACAACAACCGCCACCCAUUCAACAACCACUACAGCAAAAACUACAACCCGGCCACCAACCGCCACCCAUUCAACAACAACUACAGCAAAAACUACAAACCGACCACCAACCACCACACCCAAAGAGUCGGUGUCGCAGCUUUCUGUUUGUGGUCUGGCAAAUUUGAACAACAGGAUUGUUGGAGGACAAAAUGCUCCUGCAGGGUUCUGGCCUUGGCAGGUCAGUCUGCAGACAUCUUCACACUUCUGUGGAGGAUCCCUCAUCAACAACCAGUGGGUGCUGACGGCUGCUCACUGCUUUCCAAGUGGCAGUGCAUCUGGUGUGACUGUAGUUCUGGGUCUUCAGAGUCUGCAGGGAUCCAACCCCAACAGAGUGUCUCGAACAAUAACAACUUUAAUCAUUCAUCCGAACUACAACUCAGAGACAUCGGAUAACGACAUCGCCCUCCUGCAGCUCUCCUCACCAGUAACCUUCAACAACUACAUUACUCCAGUCUGUCUGUCUGCCACCAACAGCACCUUCUACAGCGGCGUCAACACCUGGGUCACCGGCUGGGGCAACAUUGGAAGUGGAGUCUCCCUUCCUGCCCCACAAACCCUUCAGGAAGUACAAGUACCUAUUGUGGGAAACAGACGGUGUAAGUGCAGCUAUGGAGCCAGCUCAAUCACUGACAACAUGGUGUGUGCCGGGUUACUUGCAGGAGGCAAAGACUCUUGUCAGGGAGACUCUGGAGGUCCGCUGGUGAUUAAGCAGAACAACCGCUGGAUCCAAGCAGGAGUUGUGAGUUUUGGAAUAGGUUGUGCUGAACCUAAUUUCCCAGGAGUCUACACCAGAGUGUCCCAGUACCAGACCUGGAUCAAUACCCAAAUCACCAGCAAUCAGCCGGGCUUUAUCGCCUUCACCUCCAAUGGAACUGACAGUGACCUCAGUGUGUCGUGUUUAAGAGCGCUGCCAAUUGCUACUACUGCCACAACUAUACCUAUUACAAGAACUUAUGUAUCUCUAAUAACAACUACAACCAUCACAACUAUAACAACCAUGAAGCGCCCAACAACUGCAACUACAACUAAACCUACAACAACCGCCACCCAUUCAACAACCACUACAGCAAAAACUACAACCCGGCCACCAACCGCCACCCAUUCAACAACAACUACAAAAAUAACUACAACCUGGCCACCAACUACCACACCCAAAGCUGUGGUUUGUGGACGAGCCACCCUGAACUCUCGUGUCUUAAAUGGAAGUUCAGUGGUAUCUGAAGGUCAGUGGCCGUGGAUGGCGAGUCUACAGAAGAAUGGACAGCAUGUCUGUGGAGGGACACUAGUUUCUCUGGACUCUGUGCUCAGUGAUGCUAACUGCUUCUCAAGUCCUCCUGUGGCGUCUGAGUGGACGGUUGUGUUGGGUCGUCUGAAGCAGAAUGGAUCAAACCCCUUUGAGGUGUCACUGAAUGUGACAAAUAUCACUCUGAGCAACCAGACAGGGUCCAAUGUUGCUGUGCUGCAACUCUCCACCCCGCCCCGCCUGAAUAAUUACAUCCAGCCCAUCUGUCUGGACAACGGAAGAACUUUUCCUGUGGGAACAACAUGCUGGGCUGCAGGCUGGAGUUCUGGACGUGGAGGAAAAGAAGAAGUUCUGCAGGAGUUCCAAACCUCAGUUCUAGAAUGUCCGACUUCAACAGCUGCAAAUGGCAGCAUUUGUACCGGACGCUUUACCCUUGAACAGGGUGACUCUGGAGGCCCCCUCCUGUGUAAGCAGGACGGUUCUUGGUAUCAGGCAGCUGUGUUAUCAUCUACGAACAUUUCAAGCAGGAGAAAACGAGCUGUGUUAUCAUCUACGGCAGUGAUGCAGUUUGAAAAAAUCAGCCGAUUCCAGGACUUCCUGGUUAAGGCGGUGGGAACAUUCCUGUCUCCUGCCUCAACCACCAACAUUACAAUUACCACACCGACGACCAGACCUACUACCGGACCUACCAGACCUUAUACUAGACCAACUACCGGACCUACCAGACCUUAUACCAGCCCCCCUUCUCCCCACACGACUACAAUGAAUGGCUGGAACGUUCAUCAUAAGGUUUUCUUCUACCUUCGUCUCAUUUUCCGGACCUUGUGUUCCCUUUUCUCCUCAAACGAAAGUUAAACUUCUAAUGAUGUGAAAUCCAAAAAUCUCUCCUAAACAAGCUAGCGUUUGACUCCUCCCUCAUGGCGUUCCAAAUAGGAAGUACACACAGACUUCAAGGGGCCAAAUCUUAUAGAAAUGACUCGGUUAUUCCAUUUAUCAAAAUAACCAUUCUUGCUCUGAUACAUCUUUAUAACAUGUUCUUCAUAAUCCUUUUUUUCAUAUUUUUUCUGUAGUUCAAGUUAUUCAAACUAUAAACUAACCAGUCAGAUGCUUCAAUAUGAGUAGGGCUGGACUCAGAUGAAGAAGAGAAGAGCUUCAAUCUGAUUGCUAAGUCUAUGGAACAGGAUAAAACCAAACAAUCUGGCACAGGACAAAGGGAGACUCAGGGUACGUCUGAAUUUCCACCCUAACCCCUAUGUAGUGCACUAUAUAGUGCUUUCGACAUUUUGUUGAUGUCCGAAUCUACAAUUCCCAAAUCCAGUGCCCUGGAAAUUUCCUAAAAAGUCUCUGCAAAAAACCAGUGUGCAUCGAUGCUCACUAGAUCAACAAAUUUAGACCACAAUGCAAUGAAUUGCAUUGGAAAAAAUUUUAACAAAAAGAGCGUUAUCUACAAAAGACAGUGGACUCAUAAAUAAUCGUCGCAAAACGCUAAU